GCCUGUCCACACCGUGGGAUGGUUUUGCAUGCUCUGUUGGGUUGAAAGCUGCUCGAUAGGUCUGACGACGAAAUAGUAUCCGCGGAAAAGAGCGGUGGCGUGGAUUAGUCAACAGAGCGAGAGAGAUGGGAGGUUCACUGAAUAAAAUGUUGUAAGGGAUAUUGAACAUCAAACAUCAGUAUAUUUUGCGGUAUUAGUUUAUCAGGAUGUCGGCGUCUGCUAUAUUCAUUCUGGAUCUUAAAGGCAAGGUGUUGAUAAGUCGUAACUACAUGGGCAACUUGGACAUGAAUGAGAUCGACCACUUCAUGCCCAUCAUGAUGAGGAUGGAGGAGGACGGAGACACGUCGCCCCUGGUGACCCACGGCUCCUCACACUUCCUGUGGAUCAAACACAGCAACCUCUACUUGGUGGCAAUGACCAAGAAGAAUGCCAAUGCUGCUCUGGUAUACUCCUUCCUCUACAAAAUAGUGGAGGUGUUUAAGGAGUACUUUAAGGAGCUGGAGGAGGAGAGUAUCCGUGACAACUUUGUGACUGUGUAUGAGCUGAUGGACGAGGUCAUGGACUUUGGCUUUCCCCAGACCACAGACAGCAAGAUCCUGCAAGAGUACAUCACCCAGCGGGGUCACAAACUGGAUGUGGGCGCCCCUCGCCCCCCCGCCACCGUCACCAAUGCAGUGUCCUGGAGGUCAGAGGGCAUCAAGUACAGGAAGAACGAGGUGUUCAUGGACGUCAUCGAGUCCGUCAACCUGCUGGUAAGUGCGACCGGCAGUGUCCUGCGUAGUGAGAUUGUGGGCAGCAUCAAGCUCAAAGUGGUUCUGUCUGGAAUGCCAGAGCUCAGACUGGGACUCAACGACAAAGUGCUCUUCGAGAUCACAGGAAGAGAGAAGAGUAAGACGGUAGAGCUGGAGGAUGUCAAGUUCCAUCAGUGUGUCCGUCUGUCUCGCUUCGAAAACGACCGCACCAUCUCCUUCAUCCCCCCGGACGGAGAGAGUGAGCUCAUGUCCUACCGCCUCAACACCACGGUGAAGCCUCUUAUAUGGAUUGAGAGUGUGAUUGAGAAGUUCUCCCACAGCCGAGUUGAGAUCAAGGUUAAGGCCAGGAGUCAGUUUAAGAGCCGCUCCACUGCCAACAACGUGGCCAUCAUGGUACCCGUGCCCAGCGAUGCCGACUCGCCUAAAUUCAAGACGAGCACAGGCAGCUGCAAGUAUCUUCCCGAGAAGAGCGUGGUGCAGUGGAACAUCAAGUCCUUCCCUGGAGGCAAGGAGUACCUGAUGAGGGCUCACUUUGGGCUGCCUAGUGUGGAGAGUGAUGAGUUGGAGGGGAAGAGGCCCAUCACUGUCAACUUUGAGAUCCCCUAUUUCACUGUAUCUGGUAUCCAGGUACGCUAUCUUAAGAUCAUUGAGAAGAGCGGCUAUCAGGCGUUACCGUGGGUGCGCUACAUAACACAGAGUGGAGAUUACCAACUCCGGACAAACUAAGGGCAAGCCUGCUGCCAGACGAAUGGAUCUUCACUCCCUCCCCCUCUCUCUCUCUGGCUCCCUGGGAGUGAGGGACAACAGAGGACAAGGAAAGGGUAGCAACUUUCACCACUCUCCAAAAGGACCAGGCAUCCAUCUUGCCCCGAUCUGCAGACAUGAGUACCUUAAAGACUCUGUGACGAUCUCAAUUGCAUACUCCUCACGUCCUCGCUCCUCGUCUCCUUCUCAAAACCCAUUGGAUGAGAAAGCCAGAGGUCCCACCCCUCUGACCUUCUCCUCCAAAGGGUUUUGAGAAGGAGACGAGGAGAGGAGAAUGCAAUUGAGAUCUUAUCAUAGUUUCCCUUCAGAACUCGACUGAUGUCACCUUUGACCUUUGCUGUUUUAUAGCAUCUGGAGACAUGUUUUAUCAGUUUAUAGAAUAAUGAAUGUAGGGGUUUCCUAUUGGUCUUGUUGUAAAAUUGUUAUACUUUGUUUAUUCUCAAGGCAUAGUGUCUUUUAUUUACCGUAAGAAUUCAGUGUGUGAGACAUGGUAGAAAGUCUGUGAACAUUGAAACACUGAUAUAAAAUGAUAUCUGGCUGGUGUGGGUAUCAGUUGAUGUUAUCUGGGGUCAUUUCUGUAAGCGCAUUCAGUCUAAUGAAAUGAACACCGAGCUGGUCAGAUCAAUGAUUACUAAAUAAUACAAAAUAAACAAUAUUGUCAUCACAGUCGCCAUCUUUGUAUUUGCACUCAGCUUACAACUAUAUGGAAAAGACUGAAGGAUUAUUUAUUUUUUUAGGUUUACUGACAAUGAAGUAGUUUAUCUAUCUGGCGGCACAGAUGACUUGAGAAAAAUACAUGAAAGAAAGAAAGAAACUUGAAGAAAUACAGGUGGACCAGUAUGAACAGGACCUUGCCUUGCUAUUGUAUGCCAAAAUGUGUUAAAAUUACUGUUUUUAUAUUUAUUUUUCUCUCUUUCUCCACCAAAAAAACACCCAACUUUUCCAAAGCAGGUGUUGGUUGGUAUGGUUACUGUAGCCUGUUGAGCACCACCCCUCAUAUCAUACUUGGGUCUCUGCCAGAGGAAUAGGUUCAGCCCAGACCAGACGCUAGUCAAUUUGUUGUGUGCAUGCGUUUGCUGUGUGUAGGCCUACUGUAUGAAAUCCCGUAUUACACUUUCAUUGUAAAAUAGUUGUUUAUGAGGAACAGGACAAAUAUGACAAUUUUCUUUCAGAUAUUCUCUCCAGUGGGGUUUUAAUGAUCAGUACAUGUGUUUUUCAAUCUCUCUAUCUUAUUUAUUAACCAUAUGUAAGUCAAUGGGAGACAAAGGGACCUAUGUAUAAAUAAAUAAAUGACUUUGUAUCUUC